AUGGCCGUCUCAAUACAAGAUCGCACCACUGAAUUCCAGUCGAUCGUCCAGCAAGCCCAACGACGAACCGCAUCUUCCAAAGUCUCCGCGCAACGCCAAAAUCUCCUGUCCUCAACAUCACCAAAUGGCACCGCCCCAUCUCCCCAGAAACAACGUUCCGAGUUCGCGAGACGAGCCGCGGAGAUCGGUCGUGGUAUCUCAGGUACUAUGGCGAAACUUGAACGAUUGGCGCAAUUAGCCAAACGAAAGACCCUAUUCGACGACCGACCCUUGGAGAUCAACGAACUCACGUUUAUAAUCAAACAAGAUCUCGCCGGCUUAACACAACGGAUAGGCGAAUUACAGGCCUUAUCCGUGCAACAACAUCCACGCGCUAGAAACGCGCGAGACCAGGAAGGCGAACAUAACGACGCGGUAGUCCAGCUCCUGAAAGGGCGGGUGCAAGAUGUCGGAAGCAAUUUCAAGGAAGUCCUAGAACUGCGGACGAAGAACAUCCAAGCGUCGCGAUCACGGACCGAAAACUUCAUUUCGUCCGUCGGCACCCACUCGAACCCUUCAAAUCUCGACCCCAGCCGAACAGACUCCCCGCUAUACCAGACCCCUGCACGGGGCCGCUCACCAGCCAAAACAGGUCGACUGGGCGGCGCGGACGUGCUUAGCAUCGACCCGGACGACUCUCACAGCGCGUUGGCGAGAGGACACUCGGAGACGCAGUUGAUGCUGAUGGAGGAAGCGGCACCACAGAACGAAUAUAUCCAGCAACGAGGGCAGGCCAUCGACAUGAUUGAGCGGACGAUUCAGGAGCUGGGCAGUGUGUUUGCGCAGCUCAGCCAGCUCGUAUCCGAGCAAGGCGAGCAGAUUGAGAGAAUCGAUGCCAACACAGAAGAUGUUGUGGAUAAUGUUCAGGGCGCGCAACGAGAGCUGCUGAAGUACUGGAACCGUGUGAGCGGUAAUCGGUGGUUAGUGGCGAAGAUGUUUGGUAUUCUGAUGAUCUUUUUCCUGCUAUGGGUACUGGUAUCCGGCUAG